AUGGAGCCAGAAUCUGGGAUUUCCACUACUCACCGCUCGACUUCUACUACUAUAGGCCAGUGUUGUUUACUGAUAACCCUUUUUGUUGCAGCAAUUUUCAUGGCCGAGGAUGUCGAGGAAUUGUUACUAACUUAUCAGAGCUUUGGUGUAGUUUACGGGGACUUGGGUACUUCACCUCUUUAUGUUUACUCAAGCACAUUUUCUGGGAAGUUACAGAAACAUAUUAGCCAAGAUGCAAUCUUUGGUGCUUUUUCAUUGAUCUUUUGGACUCUUAUUCGUAUCCCUUUGCUUAAGUAUGUCAUUGUCUUACUCAGUGCUGAUGAUAAUGGUGAAGGUGGGACCUUUGCUCUUUACUCACUGCUUUGCCGCCAUGCUAAGUUUAGUUUGUUUCAUUUUGAUUCAUUUCAAUUCAAUUCAUUUUCGAUUACUUGUUGCAUCUUGGUCGGUCUGUUUGCUCUGCAGCACUGUGGCACACAUAGAGUUGCCUUUUUAUUUGCACCUAUCGUAUUGAUCUUGUUAUUUUCCAUUUUUUCUAUUGGUCUCUACAACACAAUACAUUGGAACCCAAAAGUUGUUUAUGCUUUUUCACCCCAUUAUAUUGUCAAGUUCUUUAAGGAGACUGGUCAAGAUGGUUGGAUUUCUCUUGGUGGGAUUCUUCUUUCUAUAACUAGAACCGAAGCUAUGUUUACAGACCUUGGUCAUUUUACUGCUUUGUCAAUAAGGCUUGCGUUUGCUUUUGUUGUAUACCCAUGUUUGGUUGUACAAUACAUGGGUCAAGCUGCAUACUUGUCCAAAAACCCCGAUAAGAUUCAUUACAGCUUUUAUAAUUCAAUCCCUGAAUCUGUAUUUUGGCCAGAAUCUAAUUUGAUAUCUGUACUAAUAAAAAAGCUUCGCCAUGAAGAUAGCACAUUAAGAAUGAUUAGAAAUCGGCAAAAAAUACUAGAGCGCUGGGAAAAGUUGAGGAAAUAUGUGAUGUACACAUGGGGCUUUAGCAUAUUAGAUGAUGACCACGACAACAAGAAAAAUGGAUCAUGUUGUAGUGGUGAUAUGCUAAAAUCUAUCAGCGGAAAAGGAUCAUCACAAAAACAUAGGCAACAGAGCAGAACAGAUUCUAAGGGGUUGGAGAUUGAAGGGGAGUUGCCUGAGAAAAAGACUUGUUAUGAAGGAGUAUUUUAUAAUUACUUUAGCAUAGUUUUAUCUGAUGGAAAUAAUUUAUCAGCAAGUAGGAUUCCACUUUGA